CUGGGUGAUCAAAUAUAAUUAUUGCUUGGAGCAGCGGCUCUUGGGUGUUGACUGUUUGGUUGUAAUAUUUGCAAUUUACUUAUUUAUAAAGUCUGCUCUCAUGCCAUUAUGGCAAAUCCAAAAUAUAAAUGGGAGAAGUUGGAGUCAAUGCAUGCUAUUCGUGUCUUUACAACAUUAAUUCCACAUGGUAAAAAUGUUUAUGCUAUCGGAGGCUGUGAUGAAAAAGGAACGCCAAUAAACAGUUUUGAGGUAUUCGAUGCUGAAACAAAAAAAUGGACAGACUUAGACCCGAUGCCAACAAAACGAGCAGGUGUGGCUGGUGCUAUUGUUGGGAAUAAACUUGUAGCAAUUGGUGGUGUUUCAGAGACUCAAACUCCUUUAGAUGCUGUAGAGAUAUUUGACCUUGAGGAGAAAAAAUGGAGCAAAGUAGAAACCUUACCUGAGCCUUUAAUGGGUGUAUCUGUUUUAGUUAGAGAUAAUAAAAUUUUAUUAAUAGGAGGAAUGGCUAAAAAUACUAAUCCAAAAGAACUGUUUAUAGAAUAUGAUAUUGAAAAAAAUCAAUGGAAACAAAUGCCGCCCAUGCCAAAUCCAAGAUAUGCUUCCUCAGCAUUUCUUAUUAAUGAUAAAAUAUAUAUAUUAGGUGGUCGCCAAGGAAAGUUACCAUGUUUAGCGUUGGAUGUGUUUGAUUUUAGUCUCGAUAAAUGGGAGUCGUUAGAAAAUAUUCCAUCUAAAAGAGUGUUUGCCAUGUAUGCUGCUACUGAUACUCAUAUAUUUAGUAUGGGAGGAUUGGGUCAGCCGGCUAGUAAAGGCUUCACUAAUACUUGUGAAGUUUACAAUAUUGAAAAAAAAUCAUGGACUGUUGGUAAUAAUAUGAUGGUAAAAAGAGGAGAUUUUGCUAUUGGUGUCUGUGGUGGUAAAGUGGUAUGUGCUGGCGGUUUAACCAAUGAUGGUAAACCAACGAAAAGAGUUGAAGCCUAUGAUGUUAAAAAAAAUAAGUGGUUACAACUGCCAGAUUGUGAUCAAGGUCAUAGUUCAUGUGGUUAUACUGUGACAGACGGCAAGUUUUAUGUUGUUGGAGGACUAUCAGGUGAAAUGGGACCAUGUCCUUUUGCAGAUGUGUUACAAGUUGAAUGAUAUGUUUCAUGGAUCAAAAACCUCCUGGGUGUUUCCUCUGUAAAUCUUCAAUAAUUAGGCAAACAAUAAAAGCAAGCAAAGCGUCCAUGUUCUUUUGCACCUUUUAAAAUACAUCCUUUUGACGUCUUCUUUCUUUUUUUCAUCUCAACUAGUUUAAACAUUAAAAUUUUUUGCAGUUAUCACUCUGAUGUAAAACAUAUAGUUAGUAAAAUGCUAUAUCUGUUCAACAUAAAUUGAAAUCCAGCAUUUGAUAUAAAUCAUGUAACUAUUUGUUUCUAAAGAAUCUUUCAUUGACAUGCUAGUAUUACGGCCUUGAUGUAAAAGGCUAGUCUGUAUAUAUGAUGUAUGUUCAGUCUUUUCUAAGUCGUCCAAUGAAAAUUCUGCUUUAAACGAAACCUCAUUUAUAUUUGUGAUUUUGUUGUUCACUAUCAGGUCAAUCUUUCACUAACGCACCCAGUAAAAUUGUCAUUACUCAAAACUUGUGAUACUAUAUAUAAGUCUUAAUUUUAUUGUACAUUUUACUUUUUAUAUGCCAUGUUGUUUUAUUAGUGUCUUUACAUGAUUUUGUAUUUCUAUAACCAGGUCGUUAUUGUUAUGUAUUUUUGUGUAUAUAUAUUAACAGCUCAAUGAAUAUAUACUAUUAAACAAGAAAUUAAUGUGUAGAAUACAACAUCCAUCAAUUUCAUUAAAGAUACAUUAUGUAAGAUAUAGCCACUCUUGCUAUAAUAGUUCGAAAAUAAAUAAUGUAAAAUGAAUAAUUUGAAAAUUUCAUUCAAAUUACUUUAUUGCGAGCGAAGAUAUUAGCCUUUGAAGGUUUGGCAAGAUGUGUGCAAUACUGGUAGUUCAAAGCUAAGUCUCCCUCCAUUUUUAGAUUAAAUCAAAAUGUGGCUGAACCGUUCUAAUCUAUUUAAUAUCGGAGAAAUCUGAUGCCGUCGAGGGUUGAUUAUGGCCUGGAUUAGUUAAUUAAUGUCUAGUUAAUAAAUAAAGACCUACAAUAGGCAGAUUUAACUCUUGCAUAAUGUAUGUUUAAUUUCAUUAUGCUUUUUAUACGCCCACAUUUUCAUGUGGAUGUAUAUUGUCGUCGCCCCUGUCCGUCCGGACGUCCGUCCACAAUUUGUUUGUGGACUCUCUACAGGUCACAAUUCUUGUCCGAUUUUGACGAAACUUGAAAUAUAGCUUUAUCCCAAAAAAAUCUCGGCUGCUUUCGAUAUUGGCAUGUAUCGGAUCGAAACUUCAUGGAUUAUGGCCCCUGUUUGUACGAAAAAUCAAGUUUUUAGCUUGUGGACCCUAUAGAGGUCACAAUUUUUAUCGGAUUUUGUUGAAACUUGAAAUGUAAGUUUAUAACCCAAAGAUCUCAAUUCCUUUCGAUAUUCGCGCAUAUCGGACUGUAACUUCCUGAAUUAUGGCCCCAGUUUGUACGAAAAAUCGCGUUUUUAGCUUGUGGACCCUAUAGAAGUCAUAAUUUUUAUCCGAUUUAAAAAAACAUAUUAUGAUAUCACCUUUACACCCUAAGGACGACUGAGUUCGAAUUUCGUGAAAAUCGGCCCAAAAUUGACAGACAAAAUGGCCACCGUUCGUUCUCAAAUAGCGUAAAAAUAUGGUAUAUCAAGGUUGUGGACCCUAUAGAGGUCACAAUUUUUAUCCGAUUUUGUUGAAACUUGAAAUGUAAGUUUAUAACCCAAAGAUCUUGGAUCCUUUCGAUAUUCGCGCAUAUCGACCCAUAACUUCCUGAAUUAUGUCCCCUGAUUGUACGAAAAAUCACGUUUUUAGCUUGUGGACCCUAUAGAGGUCAUAAUUUUUAUCCGAUAUAAAAAAACGUAUUAUUGUAUCACCGUUACACCCUAGGGUCGACUGAGUUCGAAUUUUGUGAAAAUCGGCCCAAAAUUGACAGACAAAAUGGCUGCCGUUCGUUCUCAAAUAGCGUAAAAAUAUGGUAUAUCAAGGUUGUGGACCCUAUAGAGGUCACAAUUUUUAUCCGAUUUUGUUGAAACUUGAAAUUUAAGUUUAUAACCCAAAGAUCUCGGUUCCUUUCGAUAUUCGCGCAUAUCGGACUGUAACUUCCUGAAUUAUGGCCCCUGAUUGUACCAAAAAUCGCGUUUUUAGCUUGUGUACCCUGUAGAAGUCAUAAUUUUUAUCCGAUUUAAAAACCCGUAUUAUUAUAUCACCGUUACACCCUAAGGACGACUGAGUUCGAAUUUCGUAAAAAUCGGCCCAAAAUUGAAAGACAAAAUGGCCGCCUUUCGUUCUCAAAUAGCGUAAAAAUAUGGUAUAUCAAGGUUGUGGACCCUAUAGAGGUCACAAUUUUUAUCCGAUUUUGUUGAAACUUGAAAUGUAAGUUUAUAACCCAAAGAUCUUGGUUCCUUUCGAUAUUCGCGCACAUCGAACCGUUACUUCCUGAAUUAUGGUCCCUGAUUGUAGGAAAAAUCGCGUUUUUAGCUUGUGGACCCUAUAUAGGUCAUAAUUUUUAUCAGAUUUAAAAAAACCUAUUAUUAUGUCACCGUUACACCCUAAGGACGACGGAGUUCGAAUUUUGUGAAAAUUUGCCCAAAAUUGACAGAUAAAAUGGCCGCCGUUCGUUCUCAAAUAGCGUAAAAAUAUGGUAUAUCAAGGUUGUGGACCCUAUAGAGGUCACAAUUUUGAUCCGAUUUUGAUGAAACUUGAAACACAUAUUUAUAACCCAAAGAUCUUGGUUCCUUUCAAUAUUCGCACAUAUUGGAUCAUAACUUCCUGAAUUAUGGCCCUUGACUGUACGAAAAAAUCACUUCCUUUUUUGAGCUUGUUCUCUGUCCAUCUCUUGCAAAAUGUGGUCGUAUCUUGCAUGGCAACCGCUUGUUCUACAAUAAAGUACCUGUGCCAUGGUUUGUACCAGAUUUAGCUCAUUUCCUGAUCAGAUUUUAGAUUAAAGUGUGAAGUAGACUUAAUAAGUAAGAAAGAAAACACCAAAUCAAAGAUUUAUAAUAAUAGUAAACGAAGCUCUCUUGCUGAUUGUGUUGCAUAAAGAGAAUAAAUUAUAAAGAAGCCACCCAGUCACAAUUAAGGGAAUGGGAUACAGCAGUUUGCAUCAAUUUGAGUACGCAUUAUUUUCUUGUUUUACAGUAUCAAUAUUGAUAUGAGGUUCUGUUAAGGAUUUUUUUUUAUAGACAAGUAUAGAUAUAAUUAAUACAGUAAACCUCACAUAAGUCAGAUUCGUAUAAGUCGGAUCUUGGCUCAACUCGGAUAAAAUCGUUUGGACCCCUUGAUCCUGCACAUUUUUCUUAUUAAAUUUCUGCGUGUAAGUCGGAUUUCCUAAGUCUGAUCUUUGCUCAACUCGGAUCUAAUUACGGCUAUUUUCCUUCGUCUAAGUCGGAUCGGCAGUAUGUUUAGAAUUUCACUGUCAGUUUCGUCCCGAUGGUCUAAAACGUGGUUAGGUAUUCCAAGCACAGAGCCCUAAAUUACUUUCUUCUAUCAUUUUGACUCAAAUCAGCCUAUUUGACGUGAUGCAAUAAUAGAAUUUUCCCGGCACAGAGCCCCAAAAUACUUUCCUCUAUCCUAUUUGACGUGAUGCAAUAAUAGAAUUUUCCCGGAAAAUUCAAAAAUCGCUGUCUGCUGUACGAGAUACUUUCCGGGAAAAUUUAAGACAUUUUUCAAAGAUGACAACAAAAUGGAAGUUAUCUACUUGCACCAAAACGGAAUUUAAUCUACGAACAAAAGCUUGAAAUGUGCAUUUGAAUCAAUUAUUAUCUGGCUCUUGCAGUUUAUUUCUUAUCGAGAUAAGAUUGAAUUUCGGUCUUCGGCUAACUCGGAUCUUUGCUUAACUCGGAUAAAAUUGUCAGUCCACUUAGAUCCGACUUACGCGAAGUUUACUGUAUAGCAAAACAAUGAGAUUUAAUUUACCUUUCUAUAACUGAAAAAAAAAAAAAUAGAACUUUAGAGUAACCAAUCAAAGUGGUCGAGGGGAUUUAAUUAUCUUCAUCAGGUAUAUUAUACCAUAAUAUUCUUCUUUGCAUCAGUAUUCAAAUUAUUGUAUUAAGUAAAAGAUUUGACUAGGUCUGUACUCAACAUAUUUUUCAGAAGCUUUAAUAACGAUGUACAUGAAAAUGUCUUCCAGUAGAAUGAAAGAUUUAGUAAAUGGAUUUGGGAACAGAUUAGUAAUAGUUGACUAGCUGUAAAUGUCUAUUGGAACAGAUUAGUACUAGGUGAUCCAUGACUAGCUGUAAAUGUCUAUUGGAACAGAUUAGUACUAUGACUAGCUGUAUAUGUCUAUUGGAAUAGAUUAGUACUAGUUGACUAGGUGUAAAUGUACCUGGGAAUAGAUUAGUACUAGUUAAAGAUACAUUAUGGGAGAUUAGAUAAAGAGCUGGCAGUUCUCACUAUAAUAGUUAAAAACUAGAUAAUGUAAUGGGAAUUUGCUGAAAAUUUCAGUCAAAUAGAUUCACUCUGAACCAAGAAUUUAGCGAUUGAAUUUUGGGCCUAGCCUCGAUCAUCAUUACUAAAGAUCCGAUAAAAAAACAUAAUCUCGAUUAUCCAUUUUUUAAUAUAAUCAUCAAUGAGCGUUGAGCUGCAGAUCGGGUUCUAAUCCAGUAAAUAUUGCAAGAUAGCAAUGAUAUCGAGAGUUGAUUAUAAGUUAAUUAAUGUUAAAAUUUCAGGCCUAAAGAAAGACCUGCAAUUGGCAGAUUUAACUUUUGUAUAAUGUAUGUUUAACUAGGUGUAAAUGUAUCUUGUUUAAAGAACAGAUUAAUACUAUUUGUCUAGCUAGGAAUUAUGUUCAUUCAUAGACUCAUAGUUUAUACUUAUCUUCUUUAUUAGAGUUCAGGCAUUUUCCUGGAACCACACAAUAACUAUUUCUGUUCAGAAAGUGAUAUAUAUGUACAUUAAAACAGUAUUGAUUGGAAACUGGGAUUUUAGUUUGCCACAAGACCAUAUCUUUCAACAUUAUGCCCUUCUGUUAUGAAAUCUUUUAACACUUUACAGAAUACUGAUAUCAGCCUACCUUUCUAUUGUCUAUCCUAUUGAAAGAAGAACCCUGUGAAUUUUCUGUAAUAACUAAGUUAUUUCCAAUUGUUAGUUGGAGGCUUCAGUUAUCAUGCAAUCUUUUUGUCCCCCCCCCCCCCCCCCCCACCCACAGUCAGAGGACUGUUAAAAUGGAUCGGUCUGUCCAUCAAACUGUUCUUCUAUUUGAGCUAGAAUAUUCAAACUUGGUGUAGGUGUUUAUUAGGCGAAUGCCUUGAUGGAGUUUCUGCUGAGGGUAAGCAGAGAUAAGCAAUUUGAUUGGUUGAUGCUUUGUGACACGAUAAAUUAGUUCUAAUUAAGUGAGAGUGAUGAAACUUGGCCUAUAGUUUCAUUACAUCAAUAUCUUGACUAAGUUCGAUAAUGAGCAUUUUCUGCUUGGGGUAAGCAGGGCAAUAAACAAUUUGAUUGGUCGAGACUUUGGAACACAAUAACUCUCCUUCAAACUUGAUGUAGUUCAGAGAUGAGAAUUUUCUGCUUAGGGUAAGCAAAGAUAAACAAUUUGAUUGGUUGAUGCUUUGGGACAUGAUAACUUUGGUUCUAAUUAAGUGAGAGUGAUGAAACUUGGUGUAUAGUUUCAUCACAUCAGUACCUUGAUUAAGUUUGUUGAGAGUAUUUUCGGCUCAGGGUAAGCAGAGCGAUAAGCAUUUUGAUUGGUUGAUACUUUGGAGCUCGACAACUUUGUUUCUAAUUGAGUGAUAGUGGUGAAACUUUGUGUAUAGUUUCAUUACAUCAAAACCAUAACAUAGUUCGAUGCUGAGCGUUUUCUGCUUGGGCAAAAUAGAGACUUCAAUCUGAUUGGUUGAAACUUUGGAACACAAUAACUCUCCUUCUAAUUGAGGUAGAAUGUUCAAAAUUGGUGUAGGUGACUAUUAGGUGAAUGUCUUGACAGAGUACAAUCCAAUCUGUUUCACAGAGGUAUUGCGAAGACUGAUAGCUCUGUUAAAGAUUACUGCUUUAUCGUGGGACGUCAUAUCAUGCGGUGUCAAUCAUUGACUUAAUGGUGCAUGCAUUGUUAACAUAAGAUGAUACUAGUCCGGGCAGAAUGGAGGCUUUUACUCAUUUUACAUACCCAUUUACACUAAAUAGGAAAUAUUUUUUACCUACAUAUACUUGAAACACCUUUAUAUAUUUUCCUAAUGCUUAAAAAUAUGUUCUAGAAUUUAAUUAGCACAUGGCAAACAGUUAAUAUUUGGAGCUCAUUAAGUCGCAUCGAUGUCAUCCCUAUCAGUGACUGUAGUGGACUAGCGAAUAUUCCUUGCUGAUCAGUGUGACUACGAUCAUGCACAUUUUCCACAAAGGCUAAGCAGAGAUAAGCAAUUUGAUUGGUUAAGACUUUGGAACACGAUAAAUUUGGUUCUAAUUGGGUGAGAGCGAUGAAACUCGUGAGUAUAGAUUCAUUAUAUCAAUACAUUUACUAAGUUCGAUGAUGAGAAUUUUCUGCUAGGCCAAGUUGCAUAAGCAGUAUGAUUCAGAUUGGUCAAGACUUGGGAACAUAACAACUCCACUUUUAAUUGAGAUAUAGAUGUUCAUUAGGCGAAUGUUUUGACUGAGUUCAAUGAUUAAUAUUUCCCGCUAAAGCUAAGCAAUUUCAUUGGCCGAUGUUUUGGGACAAGAUAACUUUGAUUCUGGUAGAGAGUGUUGAAACUUAGUGUAUAGUUUCACUACCAGGUACUUCAAAACCUGACUGAGUUUGAUCAUGAACAUUUUAUGUUUAGACUAGGCAUAGAUGAUCAGUUUGAUUUGAAAAAGAUAAAUGUGCAAUUAAUUAAUAUGUGUCAUCUGUUUAUUUUGGGAUUUCGGCGGGGGACAUCAGCCUCACUGUUGGCUUGUUAAAAUUUAUUUGAGUUGUUUAGCUCAUGUAUGUACAGUACAGAUGUUUUGGCAGUUUGAGGGUGUGGGUUUUGAUGCCUGGCACACUAUGUUCUAUUACACUGUCUAUUUGUACUCAUAAAAGUUGUUCCUUUUUAAAUGAAUAUGUGUAUUUAAGAGCUAUUGAAUGCCUUUCCUACAUUUAGAUAUGCUCAAUGUCAUGUAUGCUUAAGAGCUAUUAAUUAAAAUGAUUUUGUUAAUAGCAAUUAUUCUGGUAUUUUUUGGCUUUAAAAUAAACAAGUAUGCCUUAGUCUGUAUGAAUAAACUACAUAUAUCUGCUUUA